AUGGGAACCCAGCCAGAAACUGAGUCCUUUGAGAUGGCCAACCGACCAGUAUCCCCUCUCAGUGUAGUGACAGAGGAAGACGACCCUGGAUCUGCUGACACCGCUUCAACUGGAACCCCCAGGCAGGAAGAUACUCAACACGGUGCUCAAUCGGACAACGAUGGACUGCUAGCACCAAGUCCAAAGGAUAAGAUUACAGAAGAAGCCGCAUCAGUACACGCGGGCUGUCCUCUCAAAAAACAUGUCCUAUGCUCCUUGAUAAUAAUUGCGUUCAUCGGCUCGGCUUCUCUCAUCUGUAGUUGCUGGCUCAUCGCAUAUAUCCAAGUCAAGACAGACAAAAGUUACAUAGCAGCCGUCAUUGUUGGAGGCAAGCUCUCGUCGACAGAAGCCAAGCUAAUUGACGCGGCCUUCUCCAUUCUCGUGGCGCCAGCCGUGGUCGCGGUCGCCAAUUGGCAUAUGUUUAAGCUUGCUCGUCUUUCUGCUGUCAACGAGCAUAGCGAAAGAAACUCAGCUGUGAGCAUGAAGGUCCUCGUCGAAGUUGCCAGCACAGACUGGGGGUCCUUUAGCCCACUCAAGUUCUGGACUUUCGUCCGUUCAAGAAGGCCUCGUGUGAUGUGUCUGGGAAUGAUCGCUGUUCUCUCAGCUUUGAGUUUCUCGUUGCUUGGCAAUGCCGUGGCAUAUCAACAGGCCGGAGUGGAUACGUCUACGCAGGUGCUUGAAUAUCUGUAUGAUACACAUUCGGUGCUGCCCGGAGGCUCACGUCCAAUACCCCUGGACGACCAGUCUAUCCAGCAACAGGUUUCAGCAAGACUUCAAGAUAAGCUUUCACGCCUACCGCAAGGGAUGCUCAAGUCAUCUACAACAGGACUGGUGAGCGUCAAUGUCUCGGAUCAAUCACGUUCGUCGCUUUCUCCUGCCGUUAUGCAACUAUUUCACGCGCCCGUCUAUCGACUGAAAAUGCUUUGCAGUCCCUCCCAUCUAAAAAGUGUAUCAAUGAUAGUGCCAGACAGACGGAACCCGCAACUCAGAUUUGUUCUUGAAGAAGCAGCCUUAGUCCUCGGUUCAGAGUCAACCACAUACGAAGCAACGUUCGGCACCAACGAAUCUGCUGUAUCAAACACGGCACUAGAUGCAGCUAAAGCCACAAACCCAUGA